CAUGUAUGGGCAGCCGCAGCCGCAGAUGAUGGGGGCCCCGGUGCAGUCGAUGCAGUGUGGCGCCUGCCAGCAGGUCUUUGGCAUCACGCCUGGGCCAGCGCAGUUCCAGUGCCCCUUCUGCCAGGCGGUCAACGUGGCCCCGCCGCCCCAGGGGGUGCCGAUGGGCACGCCAAUGGGCGACGGCGUGCCCCAGCAGCAGAUGAUGACCUCCCCCAUGCAGCAGCACAGAUGUGGGGCGGUCCCCCGCAGCAGCAGAUGAUGGCCGCACCCAUGCAGUUGAUGCAGGUGGACCCCUUCAUGAUGUUGAGUUCACUCCAGCAAGUGAAGAUAGAGGAGAAGAUGAACAUGAUGGAGACAGCGGCGGGGCUGAUGGGCGAAUUGAUGGGCGUGGACAUGGAGCUGGAAAUGGCGAACAAGUACGUUGUGCAGACGAUGCAGGGGCAUAACCUGUUUUUUGCUGUGGAGCAGACAGAUUUCUGCAACCGCCAGUGCGGCGGCGACUGUCGCGGAAUCGAUAUCGAUGUCGUUGUUUUGGGGCAAGAUCCCAAAGCUACGCAGGCGGCAGAAAAUCAGUUCGAUUGGAGUUUCAAUCCUUUCGGAAAGGUUGACCUCUCCAAUUCGCAGAAGUUCUUCCACAUGCACAAAGACUGUCAGUGCACCUGCUGCUGUUUCAAUAGGCCUAUUAUCGAUGUCGUCAGUGCGGUCACCGGCCAAACCUUGGGUAGGAUCAGAGACCCUUGGGCAUGCUGUGACAUGACGUUUGAACUCAUGGACGCGAACGGUGAGCCAACGUUAACAGCAAAAGGAGGAUGCUGCCAGCUCGGCUUGAUCUGCCCUUGUCCGUGCGGGCCAUGCAGGGAAGUGAAGUUCACUGUGAACGAUGCUAAGAGUGGUGAGGAGGUGGCUUCCCUGAAGAAGAUCGUGCCGGAUUGCCUCAAAUUCAUUGCAGCGGACGACGUCGACAAUUAUGAAGUCGAGUUUGGUCAAAUCCAGAAUCCCGAAUGGAAAGCGAUGCUCAUUGCCCUAAGCCUUUUCAUUGAUUUCAGGUAUUUCAACACACGGAGUGACAAGAAUGACGGAGCUUCGGAUGGUGUUUUCGGUGGCGAUGACGGUGGUUGGCAGUAG